AUGAGUGGACAUCAAAGAACAAGAUCUACAUCUAGAGAAAGAAGAGAUGAUCAAGAGUCUAACCAUCCAGUAGGGGCUGUGGUUGCCCAGGAGCCGCCCAGUGAUGACCAACCUCAACAAGAGGAACCACCAACUGAAAAUCAAGAUUGUACACCUGAUCGAGAGAGACAUGGGGGACGACCGGAGUUCCAAGUGCUAGGCCUGGCAGCCUAUAUCCGGGAACUGAUUCAAUCAAAGACUGGGGGUGAACGCGGGGAUGGACUUAAUGUCGUGGGAGAAUUUCUGCCAAAUCGGGAGCCUGUUACAAUACCAGAAGCAGGCAUUAAUGAUAUGAGCUUCUGA